AUGGACCAGGAAGCCAAGGGUGAGUCUGAAGAGAGCCAGGAUGUCGUCAUAGUCCAGGCAAACCCGAGUGCUAGGCAGGGAGCCGCUGGUGGGAAACAGUCGUUGGAGGCUGAUGUUACCAUCGGGAGCGGGGCAGUGCCCAAGAGGCCCCGUCGAGCCUGCACACUGAGACCAGCUACUGCACAUGAGGCUGUGGAGGAACAGCCAGAUGAGGUGGAGGAAGAUACCUCGUUUUCUGUCAGACAGUAA